ACACCAUCAGCCUUUUCCGCUCUCUUUUCGUUGAGGCUCAGCUAGCGGCCGGCCUGCAAACAUGCAGAUCUUCGUGAAGACGUUGACAGGGAAGACCAUCACCCUUGAGGUUGAGCCCAGCGACACUAUCGAAAAUGUCAAGGCUAAGAUCCAGGACAAGGAAGGAAUUCCCCCUGAUCAGCAGCGUCUGAUCUUCGCUGGCAAACAGCUGGAGGAUGGACGCACACUGUCUGACUACAACAUCCAGAAAGAAUCCACUCUGCAUCUGGUUCUGCGUCUGCGUGGUGGCAUCAUUGAACCCUCACUCAGACAGCUGGCCCAGAAGUACAACUGCGACAAGAUGAUCUGCCGCAAGUGCUAUGCCCGUCUGCACCCACGUGCUGUCAACUGCCGCAAGAAGAAGUGUGGACACACCAACAACCUUCGCCCCAAGAAGAAGCUGAAGUAGACAUUUUGGCUGACUUGGCACUGUAUGCCAUUUUGUGUUAAAAUAAAUGUAAGAAAAUGA